CUGUGCUCUGCUCCACCAGGCUUCCAGGCUCUGACUCCUGUGACCCAAGUACUCUGGGGCUUGUCUGCAGCUUGUCACCUCUUGUGUCGCAUCUCAGGGAUGCCAGUGGCCAUGACUCCUUUGUCAGAGGGUGACACCUCCUCACCUGAUCCCUCUCUGGGAGAGACAGGACUGUCCCCUCCCAAAUAAGCCCUGUCUGGGCCCUGAAAACUGUCCAGGGCUUUCCCUGGGUAAUGGCCUCCUGCCUGUCUUGUGAAGUUGUCACGGGUUACUGGGUGAGCACUCCUUUCCUGUCCCCUCCCCUGUGGAGGGGGUUUUCCCAGACCCAGCUAACUUGAUCCUAACCCUGUGCGCAUGUGAGUGGAGGGACAGGAGGAGCAGGGAGUUUGAACCCUGAGCCCAGGAGAGGCAAGGCCCAGGUUGCUAAAACCCUCCGACUCUGCUUAGGCCCUUUCUGAAGUCUGAAGUUCUCUAGGCCUGUGGGAGUUGGGCGUGGCCUCCUCAGGCCAGGCUCCAGUUUCCUUGGAAACCCACAGGCUUCCCACCCUAGCAGUGCCUGGGCAGGCUCCCAGCUGGGGCCUCAUUUUCAGCUAGCCUCUCUUCCCUGUCUAGUCAGCUCCACCUCAGCCUCUCUCGGUCCCCUCCCUGAGGCCCCAUCCCCAAGCCCAGCCCCUGGUCUCCUCCACCAGCCUCUAAUGCCUUCUUCAGGAACCUGGGAGUCUCCUGCCCCAUCCCUAAACAGCUUCACAACAAACAGGCCUCCCAAGCUCCUGCCCCUCCCUCUCAGGCCUUUCCAGUCUCCUUGCCAACUGUGAGGCCUGGCCUGGCCUCCAGCUCCUUCCCACCUGCCUCCUGCCACGUACCAACGACCACAGGCCUACUAGGCUACUCCACCCACCUACUCCCCUGCCCCACCCCAUCUAUGGAGACCCGAGGACUGGUUGUGCAUGGGGAGGCUGAGCCCUUUUCCACAGCACUCCGAAGCCUCGUCAACAACCGCCUAUACAGGUGAGGGGGUUGGCGCUGACUGUGGGUUUUCGAUAGCUGGCCCCACGAAUGAGGAAGCCCUGGGUACAGAAGAGGCGGGGAACUAGGACUUGACCUUGCUGAACUCAGAGUCCGUGACAUCCUGAAAGCCAGGGGUUGAGGGCAGUGGGGGCUGCAGUCCAGUGACGGUGUGACCUCAGACAAAGGCUUUCGUUUCUUGGAUCUUGGGCUCCUGGCAGAGAAGAGCCCUCCGCCCCCUGGAUCCUGAGAGAUGGGAUGUAACUUGAGUCCUGCCCUGGGGAGCCAGAGGAGCAGAUGACCCUGCUCUGGGAACUGGGGAUUCACAAGAGGAACAACACUUAAGGGACUGACCCAACCUCAGACAGGGUGGAGAUGGUUCAAGGGUGCGCCUAGGGCUCGUCGUCUGCCUAGGAUGCAAGUGGUAUCUGAAACCGGGGGUAGAGUAUGGGAACAGGACUGGCAGGGAGAACUAGAGUGCAGCUUUCCAUCCUCAUGGCUCAGAGCUGGGCUCCUCUGCCAGGGCUGGCGACUCCCAUAACUCUGCUGCUUUGGGGAUGGCAGUCUGGUCUGAGUAGCGGGAACCCCAGGCCUUGGGUCGGGGACUAGGAGGCUCCAGAAACUCAAGCUUCGUCUCCUGCCUCCUACUCACUGUUAUCAGAAGCCUAGAGGCUAGGGCCGGAAGUGAUCAUGAAGAUGGAAAAUGUGGUCUGGCCUCUUGAUGGUGCAUUACUGCCACGUCUGUUUGCAGCCGAUGCACUCUGUACCCCCAUCCUCCCACCCCCUCCUGCCUGGAGGGACUGAAAAAGCUGAGUUUGCAGUCUGUGGAGGAGGAGCCAAGAAGAACUUCCCUCCCCCAGGACUCAGGCUGGGGAGGAGAGGGGCAUGUGGGAUGAAUCUUGCAUCAGCCCUGGUGCGCCCUCAGUGAUCAAGCACAGCCACUUCCUCUGAGACUUAAGGGUUUGGGAUUACCACCCAGUUUCAUGGCGGAGAGACCCGAGAUUCAAAGGCAGAAAGUCACUUGCCCUCGGUAGGACAGAAUGGAGCUGGGACUAGAACCUAGGCUUGUGUGUCCCCGACCUUCGGCUGGAAGGAUUAAGCCCUGUUUCUCAUAUGACAGACAAGGAAACAAAGGCCCAGAAUGGGCAAAUGCAAAGCAUGGAGUUGCACUCUGGACUCCGGCCUCUUCUCCCUGGCUCUCUGCCCUUCUCUCCCACAGUGAUGUUCGCUUUGUGGUCGGUCAAGAACGGCAGGAGGUGUUUGCCCACCGGUGCUUGUUGGCCUGUAGAUGCAAUUUUUUCCAGCGACUUCUGGGCCCAGAGCCAGGUCCUGGGGUGCCCAGCCCCGUGGUGCUAAGCACCGUACCAGCUGAGGCCUUCCUGGCAGUGCUGGAGUUCUUGUACACCAACAGUGUCAAGCUGCACCGCCAUUCCGUGCUGGAGGUGCUGACAGCGGCUGUGGAGUAUGGGCUGGAGGAACUGAGAGAGAUAUGCCUGGAGUUUGUGGUUAAGGUGCUGGAUGUGGAGCUGGUUUGCGAGGCCCUGCAGGUGGCUGUAACCUUUGGCCUGGGACCAUUGCAGGAGCGUUGCAUAGCUUUCAUAGAGGCUCACAGCCAGGUACAGCUCCUCAUUUUCAUACUCACAAUCCCGCACACCUCAUUCUGCUCCUCCCUGACCCAUUCUCGGGCCCACAGGAGGCGUUUCGGACUCGCGGCUUCCUGGAGCUGUCAGCGUCCGCAUUGCUGCCCCUGCUGCGCAGUGACAAGCUUUGCGUGGACGAGGCUGAUCUCAUCCUGGCGGCUCGGAGUUGGGCGCGCGUGGGAGCGGUGGAGCAGAUCGUGGAAGCGUGGAAAUGCCACGCUAUGCGGAGAAGGGAUGUGGCCCGAGGUGCCUCGUGCCGCCGCCGGAGGGGCACCCUGCCCCGCGAGCACCAUCGCUUUCUGGACCUGCCCUUUAAGUGACCAAAGGCCAGGUCUUGCGAGGACGUCUCGGCCUAAAACUACAUCUCCCGACGUGCUCUGUCUUCGGAGCGGGCUUCCGUUCCCAGCAUGCUGGGCGAGCGAGGCGCGGGAACGCCAGGCGCCGCGCUGUGUGGGUGGGGCCGAGGAGGAGGGGAGGGCGUGGGCUUGGCUCCGGCCUAACCUCCUGGCCACGCUGAAAACCGAAGUAGUUUUCACCCGCACUCAGCACUGGGUCCCGGGGCACUCUCGCCCGCCCUGUGUAUUCUUAUAACCAUCUCAUAGCUUUUCAGCUCAGCCCCUUCUUUAAUUUCACAGCUGCCUCCGGGGAUCGCGUUCUAAAUGCCCCACGGAACCUCAGACUCGGUUCCAAAUUGAGCUUCCUCUUCGUUCCCCAGUUCUGACCCCACGGUGUUGCUCAUUUCCGUGGGUGCCCAAGCCAAGAAACCUAGGUCUCAUCCUGGCCUUAUUCCUCGUCGCAUCUGCUUCCCGUGGCCUCUACCGUCUAAGAAGGCUAGCCGAAUAUGCCAAGCCAAAACAUGCCGUUUUUGGCCUAAGGGUUAUUUUAAGAUGAUUAGUUUGAGAAACAGGAGAAGCUCUGAAAAUAGAGUACAAGUUACCCUUUUGUAAGGGAAAUUUAUAUUUAUAAAGGAAAUCUCCGUUUGUAAGGCCGCCUCCCUCCCUCUUUGUGCCAGGAGGAGGAUGAGGAACUCGGAAUCAUCUGUGGAGACAAGCACCACUGAAAUCUGCCUGACCAGCGUUACCCUUGUCUGCUGUGCUUUCGCUGGUUGGUGGCCCCGCACUUCUCUUGCUGUUGUCUUUAGCUGAGGAUGGUAUUUAAGCGGACAUUUUAGGCCACUUUAGGGAGUUUUUAAUUUUUUCCUGGGUAUCUCCCAUGUAUACAUGAAGAAUACAUGUUAAUAAACUUCUGUUUUUCUCA